AUGAAGCUGUGGAUUCCUCUGUUAUGUUCAUCUCUCCUUGCCUGUGUAUCUUUACAGUCCCAAUCUCCAAUGUCCUCAUUUAGAGGCUCUUGUGGUUCUCUUUGCAAUUGUGAGGAAAAAGAUGGCACAAUGCUAAUAAGUUGUGAAGAAAAAGGUAUCAAGCAGUUAUCCCAAAUAAGUGUGCCACCAUCAAGACCUUUUCAUCUAAGCUUAUUAAAUAAUGGGUUGACAAUGCUUCACACAAAUGACUUUUCUGGACUUACCAAUGCUAUCUCAAUACACCUUGGAUUUAACAAUAUUGCAGAUAUUGAGACUGGUGCAUUUAAUGGCCUUGGCCUCCUUAAGCAACUUCACAUCAAUCACAAUUCUUUAGAAAUUCUUAAAGAGGAUACUUUCCAUGGACUGGACAACCUAGAAUUCUUACAAGCAGAUAACAAUUUUAUUACAGUGAUUGAACCAAGUGCCUUUAGCAAGCUCAACAGACUUAAAGUGUUAAUUUUAAAUGACAAUGCUAUUGAGAGUCUUCCUCCAAACAUAUUUCGAUUUGUCCCUUUAACCCAUCUAGAUCUUCGUGGAAAUCAGUUACAAACCUUGCCUUAUGUUGGUUUUUUAGAACACAUUGGUCGAAUAUUGGAUCUCCAAUUGGAGGACAAUAAAUGGGCCUGCAACUGUGACUUAUUGCAGCUGAAAAUUUGGUUGGAAAACAUGCCUCCACAGUCUAUAAUUGGUGAUGUUGUAUGCAACAGCCCCCCAUUUUUCAAAGGAAGCAUACUAAGUCGACUGAAAAAGGAAUCUAUUUGCCCUACUCCACCAGUGUAUGAGGAACACGAGGAUCCUUCAGGAUCAUUACAUCUGGCAGUAACGUCUUCAGUAAGCGAUGGUCGCCUGUCAACCAAGACCACAUCCAUUUUAAAAUCACCCACAAAAGCACCAGGAUUGAUACCUUAUAUUACAAAGCCAUCCACCCACAUUCCAGGAACGUACUGUCCUAUUCCUUGUAACUGCAAAGUCUUGUCCCCAUCAGGACUUCUAAUCCACUGUCAAGAGCGCAAUAUUGAAAGCUUAUCAGAUCUAAAACCUCCUCCACACAAUCCUAGAAAGCUUAUUCUAGCAGGGAAUAUUAUUCAUACAUUAAUGAAGUCCGAUCUAGUGGAAUAUUUCACUUUGGAAAUGCUUCAUUUGGGAAACAAUCGUAUUGAAGUCCUCGAAGAAGGAUCAUUCAUGAAUCUAACAAGGUUACAAAAGCUCUAUCUAAAUGGUAACCAUCUGACUAAAUUAAGUGGAGGCAUGUUCCUGGGUCUUCACAAUCUUGAAUACUUAUACCUUGAAUACAAUGCAGUUAAGGAAAUAUUACCAGGGACCUUUAACCCGAUGCCUAAACUUAAAGUCCUCUAUUUAAAUAACAACCUCCUACAAGUUUUACCACCACAUAUUUUUUCAGGGGUUCCCUUAACUAGGAUAAAUCUUAAAACAAACCAGUUUUCCCAUCUACCUGUAAGUAAUAUCUUGGAUGAUCUUUAUUUACUGACCCAGAUUGACCUUGAGGAUAACCCUUGGGAUUGCUCCUGUGACCUGGUUGGAUUGCAGCAAUGGAUACAAAAAUUAAGCAAGGACACAGUGACAGAUGACAUACUCUGUACUUCCCCAGAGCAUCUUGACAAAAAGGAAUUAAAAGCCCUAAAUAGUGAACUUCUUUGCCCAGGUUUAGUGAAUAACCCAUCCCUGCCAACGCAGACUAGUUACAUUAUUGUCACGACUCCUUCAACAGCGACAAAUACAGCUGGUACUAUUUUAAAAUCUCUUACAGAUGUCGUGCCACUCUCUGUUCUAAUAUUAGGACUGCUGAUUGUGUUCAUAACUAUUGUGUUCUGUGCUGCAGGGAUAGUGGUUCUUGUCCUGCAUCGCAGGAGAAGACACAAAAAGAAACAGGUAGAUGAGCAAGUGAGAGACAACAGUCCUGUGCAUCUUCAGUACAGCAUGUAUGGCCAUAAAACAACUCACCACACAACUGAAAGACCCUCCACCUCACUCUAUGAGCAACACAUGUUGAGCCCCAUGGUUCAUGUCUAUAGAAGCCCAUCUUUUGGUCCAAAGCAUUUGGAAGAGGAAGAAGAAAAGAAUGAGAAAGAAGGAAGUGAUGUGAAACAUCUCCAAAGAAGUCUCUUAGAACGGGAAAAUCAUUCACCACUUACAGGGUCAAAUAUGAAAUACAGAACCACAGACCAAUCAAGAGAAUUUUUAACCUUCCAGGAUGCCAGCUCUUUAUAUAGAAACAUUUUAGAGAAAGAAAGAGAACUUCAGCAACUAGGAAUCACAGAAUACUUAAGGAAAAACAUUGCUCAGCUUCAGCCUGAUAUGGAGGUGCAUUAUCCUGGGGCCCAUGAAGAGUUGAAAUUAAUGGAAACGUUAAUGUACUCACGGCCAAGGAAGGUGUUAGUGGAACAGACUAAAAAUGAGUAUUUUGAGCUCAAAGCUAAUCUACAUGCUGAACCUGACUAUUUAGAAGUCCUGGAGCAGCAAACCUAG